AUGUCUAUGCCUAACAUGCUACACAGCUUGCUUGCACUGAGCAACAUUUGUUGUUGGAACAUGGCAGCGUUAAGACUCUUGCUUUUGCUGCCUGCAGCUGGAGCAGUGUGCAUUCCAUUUGAAGCAAACUGCUGCCACAUCAAUCCCAAGCAUGACCCAGAUUAUGAUCACUUCAAGGGGGAUCCGAGCGACCAAGUGCCUGGUUGGGAGGUGGUGGAUCUGAAUCUUCCGCCAGCUGAGCGCUGGCGAAGACUGGUGACACCAGCCGCCCCAGCGAUAAGGACAAUGGUCACACACUUCAAGGCCUUGCUAGGUCGGAUCUCUCAAGACAUUUUCAAGCUACUCGAGGAUCUCUCCAAGGUGCAGGAGAUGUGUGAUCGAGUGCUUGAAGACAUGGGUGAGUACGGCCUCGAGAUUCGUGGCAUUGCAAAUGCCACAGGCAUUCGAGUGGUGGACAUGCUGGUCUACAACAUCGCGUACGAGUUGGAAGGUGGUUGCACCUCUAUCGUUGCGCAAGAUGACCACGGCCAUCUUAUUCAUGGUAGGAAUCUGGACUUCGGUCUAUUCCUUGGCGAGGAUUGGAAGCACCUUCAGUGGACGCUCACAGAGGAUUUGCGGCCGCUCUUGCGGAAUGUUCGCUUCGUGCGAGACAAUCACACCGUCUACAACUCCACGGUCUUUUUGGGUUAUGUAGGCACUCUGACAGCAGUGAAGCACAGUGCAUUCUCGGUCAGCGUGAACACCAGGUAUGACAAGUCUGAUUGGGCUGCGCUAAGAGCCUUCUUGGAAGGCAAAGGAAGUGGCAAUUUCUUGUCCUUGUUGCUCCGAGAUGUGAUGGUCAGCAACCAUUCCUUCGCGGAGGCUUUGGCAACGGUGAGAUCAGCUAAGAUUCUGGGCCCAGCAUAUGUGAUUCUAGGUGGAACUCAAGCUGGUGAAGGUGCUGUGCUAGAGCGGGGAGCAACCUCAGUGGUGAACCAGACCCUGCUCAGCGACGUUGCACGCCAGGAAAUCAACUCUGUGGUGCAAACCAACUGGGACUACAACCAAGAUCCCUUUUAUGACAACCGGCGCAGCCCUGCAGAGCAUUGCCUGCGAGAACGGUUCAAUGACCACAUUGAUUUCAAAGGCAUGUUCUCUGUGCUCGCGGCCCACCCUAACCGCAAUCGCCUCACCACCUACACUGCGCUGAUGAGCGCACAGUCGGGUGACUUCGAGGUGGAAAAUGCCAAUAGACGGAAGGAGCUGGAUGAUCUGAUCACUGACACCCAGGCUAAACAAAUGGAGCUUGACAAGACGGCAGAGCUUUUCCGCCAGCUGCAUGAUGAUAGAAAGAAGAUCAUUGAGCAGUGGGAAGAAUCAGUCAAGAGUAUGAAGAGCCGCGAUUCUCAACUUGAGCGUUUGGGAGAGGAGUACGCUGCCAACAUGUCCCGGAAAAAGGUCAAAGAAGACAAAAUGAAGGAACGGCGGCAGUUCCACGAAGACAUUGAGGGAGAGAACGAGAAGAUGGAGCAGACAAUCCAACAGACAGAUCGACAACUUGUUCGCAUGCGAAUGGACUACAUGGAAGCAAAGACAUCCCUCACUGGCUUCAAGGAUGAGGUCGAAGUGAUGAAAAACCAGCUGAAUGCUUGCAUCUCGGAGAAACUCAACACGCAGAAUCAGCACGAGGUUGGUGCAAAGCGGCUGGAGCAACGUAAAGAGAAGCACGACCAGGCAUACAAAAGCCUGGAUGGACACAAGAAGGCUCUUCAAGAGCACCAACAGACCAGAAGAAGCAAAGAGCAAAUGAGCCAAGAUGCAGAGAAAGCCAGGCAAGACAUGCUCAACAACAUGAAGAUGGUCGAAAAGGAGAUGAAGGCUGCAAAGGAAAGCCACUACAAAGAGAGCCAAGAGCUGUAUAGGCUUCGAGCGGAGGAGGCCACAACUCUUGGAGCUAUCAGUGGGUCACAGUCCGCCAUCAAAAACCUGCAGCUCCAGAUCAGCAAGCUGGAUCAAGAGCGCCAGCGUCAACAGGAGCUGCUUUAUGCUGUUGACUUCCAGUCCCAGCUCAUGCAGCGCAAGGUGGCACGGGUCUCAGGGGAGCGGACCAUUGAAGAGAAGGAAGAGCACAAUCGAAAGGUGGAGCAGUUAGACAAGCAGCUGGACGAGCAAAAGAGUCUGCACGCCAUCCUGAAUGCACAGAUCAAGCGACAGGAUGCUGAGCUGAAGAACUCCCAGAGAAACCUCACGAACGUGAAGAGGGACUGCGAGGCCAUGAAGACCACCAUGGAAGAGCUUGAGCUCCAAAACACCAUCAUGAAUCGUGCUGUCUCAAAAGUGGUGAAGGACAAGGAGGAAUCCUUGAUGCAGCAUGACAUCCUGAAACUGGAGGUCAAGCGGUUGAAGCAGCAGCUGACGCAGAAGACGGAGAAUUUGUACAGUUUAGAGAACCGAAAGCAGCAGCUUCAGAUCAGCAUGGAGGAAAGAGAGAAAGAAAUCGAAGUCCAUACAGAGGUGCUGCGAGCGCAGAUCCGUGCGGCCGAGGACGAGAAGCACAAGGCAGCCAUUGAGCUGGCGGAACGAAAGCAGAAGAUAUUCACCUUGAAGAGCAAGUAUGACAAUGUCAUGUGCAAGGUGAAGAAAGAAGAUGGAGAGGAGCAGAAGAGCCAAGCUCAUUACAUGAUCAAGGCAGCUCAGGAGAAGGAGGAGCUGCAACGUAAGGGUGAUGAGCUGGAUGACAAGAUCCGCCGGGCCGAAAAGGAAAUCCGAUCCUUGGAGAACACCUUGGGGCAUUUGGUGCAACGGAACCAGAAGUUCAAAGAGAACCUCCAGACCACCAACUUGCAGAAUCAGAGUGAACUCGAGGAGAAGCAAACCUUAGAGGAGCAGUCGCGUGCUGCCAAUGAGGUCCUUUUCAAGAAGAAGAAGGUCCUGUCGCAGAUUGAGCAGGAGGCUCAGGAGGAUGUGCAGCGGUAUGAGGAGCUGCAGCGCUCCAUGCAACAGUUGGAGGCUCAGGUCAAUGAGCUCACUGCUGCCCGGGACGUGCUGCGGCAGGAUGUGGAGGGCCAACAAGCCAAGACACAGCGUGCGGAGCAGGCGCUGGAAGCAGCUCGAGCUCGGGCAAUCCAGGCUGGUGUGGAUCUGGCUCCCGAGACGCCGGCAGCUGUAGACAUCCAGGCACGAGGAGUGCGGGAGCAGAAUCAGAGCAUGCUCUUUGCCUUGAGCAAUGCGCUCCAAGACUACACGGAGGAUGUUCUUCCGCUCUUUGAGAAUCUCUGCCAAGAGCGUGGUGUGGCACUGCCAUCCCGCCCGCCUUCAGCGGUGUCCAGACCAGGCAGCCGAGGGUCAAGGCGCUUUUCCAUUCUUUGCACUUUCGCAACUUUGAGACAUCCAUUCUAG